ACCAGCAGGUCCAGCACCGAAUUUCUUCUCAGAGGAAUAGGAAACACCUCUUCUCAAAUUCCCCUCCGCAAGCGCAAAGCACCAACAAAACACCUUUUCCUCUUCUCCAAUCCUCACGCAAUUCCCUCGCGCUUCUUUCCCCACUGGACUUAUUGCUGACCGGAGAUCACGUGUGCUUCCGUUACUUCUUCGAUUCCCCCCCAAUGGCGCCGUCGACCUCAAUUGCCUCCGACCUGCCUGAUUCCGAUCCUGAUGAAUGCGUCUCCCGUGCGGAAUUAGAAGAGGAAGAGUACGAAGAAGAAGAAGUGGAGGAAGAGGUGAGUGGUCCUGACGCAUGCGAAAUUGAUCCCGGAGAGGAUGAAGAAGAAGAGGAGGUAGAAGAGUAUGAGGAGAUAGAAGAGGAAGUAGAGGAAGAAGAGGUAGAAGAGGAGGUAGAGGAAGAAGAAUUGGUAGAAGGAGAGGAAGAAGAAGAAGUAGUAGAAGAAGACGAAGUGGUAGAAGAGGAGGAAGAAGAAGAUGUGGCAGAAGGAGUUGCGGAAGACGAAGAACAAGAGGUGUCAGAAGGAGUCGCGGAAGGUGAAGAACAAGUUGCGGGAGACGAAGAACAAGAGGUGGUAGAAGGAAUUGCGGAAGGCGAAGAACAAGUUGCGGGAAGCAAAGAACAAAAGGUGGUAGAGGGAGUUGCGGAAAGCGGAGAACAAGUUGUGCAAGCUGAAGAACAAGAGGAAGUGGAUAUGGAUAUAGAAUCGUCCGAGGAAGCCGUUGAUGAAUCGCAAGAUAUCAGUCGAGAUAUGAAGGUCAACGAGAUUGAAUCACAACCGAAACCUCAAGGCUCCACGAACAUGGUUCCAUUUCCUUACCAUGUGGAUCAUAUUGCCAGUGAUUCCACAUUUUCUGGUCCUUCACAUGCACCGCUGGCAAUGCAAGGUGCCAAUUCAGUUAUGAACAAUGGGCAUUCUAAGCAUCUUGAAGAUGGAAAGGGUUCAAAUGCUUCUGGUGAUAGGAAUGAGGUAUGUAAGGAGGAAGUCAUGGCUACUAAGCCUUCUGAGGAAUCAUGUAUUAGAGAUGUGCCGAACUUCCUAGGAGCGAGGGAUAAUGUCGAUAAGAUUGCAGAACAAGUUCAGCAUACACCAGUGCCUUCAGAGAAUGGGGUCCAACAGUCAGUUUUGAGAUCCAGGAAUCGAAGUGUAUCACCAUCUCCAGAAUUGAACAAUGUGAACAAACGCCAAGCAGUCAUAUGUGACUUUUUCGCCAAAGGGUGGUGCAUAAAAGGGAGCUCAUGUAGAUUUCUUCACGUAAAGAGCAAACCCAGCGAGUCGGGAGGAAAACAGGCCGAGGGAGAUGCAGCUGUGGCAAGUACAAGUGGGGAAAAGGUUAAUGAAGGCGCCGCUAACAUUGGGACAAGGUUGCGUGAUCUCAAAGAACCACCAUUUGGUUUAACCGGAAAAGGUGCUAUCACUUCCCGUUUUUCUUUCGAUAGCCAAAUGGCUGCCCAGAUGGGAGGAAAACCAAUAUCCUCCUCAUCCAUCCAGUUAGAGGAUUUACCUGGUGGCAUCACCCUCAAUUCCCGUCAGUUUCUUCGAUCAAAAGAUGCUCCUGUGUUUUCUGCUGCCAUUAAGGAUGUUAGAACAGAAAAUCUGACUGGAGGCUGGCCUCCUAAUGACCACGGAAGCCAUGCAUUUCCUUUUAAUGGAGGAAGUUCCUUUUUGCUUAACGAUUCCUUGCUAAAUAGAUGUUCUUCAAGUGGCUCGGCUGGGAAGUCAAGAACCUACCACAGCAAGGAUUCACAUUUGUCAAUGAACAAUUUAGACAAUUCAACACGCAAAAGUAGUGGCUGCAUGGAUGAUGAUUGUGUUGGCACUACUUCUAGUAGUGAACAUAAACAGAAGGUUCAGUGUGAUGAAUGGGAACCAUCUGUGCCUUUCCAACCAUCUUUCAUCAUUACACCUGUUCUAUCAUCCCCAGGAAGGAAAUAUGAUCCUUUACGUGAUAGCAACGACUUGCAUAGUGGGGUAGCCAAAUCCUUCAAGUUCUCUUUUAUCAGCAACAGAUUCUCCACACAGAAAGCUUCACGUCAAGCAACAAAUGGUGCUUCCUUCCCGAAUGGCGACAGGAGUUCUGCACCUUUCGAUAGCAGGUUACACGGGAGUUCCUCAGCUAACAAUGGCGGUCCACCUGAAAAAGACACCUUCAACAAAACUGGAGGAGCGGUGAUGGACAUUGACGACGGUUUGGCAGAUGAUCAGAGUGGCACCAUGCCGAAAGAAGAAAUUGCCUCUGUUAGUAAUCAGUUAGAUGUUGAUGAGAAGCCCAGAAGUGAUGGGUCGAGAUGCCAAAACAACUUUACAGCGGAUAACUUGGAUGAUGGUGGAAAGAUGGAUCAGGAAGUGCAGAAAGAAUCGAGAUCCGCAAGACACUUCCGUACUGCUCUUAUUGAUUGUGUUAAAGAAUUACUGAAACCAACAUGGCGUGAAGGCCAUCUAAGUAAGGAUGCACACAACACCAUAGUUAGAAAGUCGGUUGAGAAGGUUAUCAGUACCAUGCAAUCAAAUCAGGUCCCGACUACUCCGGAGUCAAUUAAACACUAUCUUCAUUUUUCACGCACAAAGAUUGCAAAACUUGUGGAGGGGUAUUCUUCUAGGUAUGGAAAAUCUUGAGAUGGUGGUAGUCAGAGUGGGAUGCUUCCUAAUGUACAGUUCCCAGAGAUGCUAGUGUUGAAAUGCAGCAGUAGGCUGUCAAAGACUUUUUCCUAGUACAAAAGAAAUCUCGGUUUCCAGUUCUUGGUGGGACAUUGAAAAUGGGAAUUAACUGGACUUUCAGGCCUAUUUAUCGCAGUGGACAAACGUGCUGAUAAUGAAUCUAGUGAUAUUUAAAGGACCCAGGUUUGCUCACCAGUGUAACUUUUGUACACAAGUUCAUUUUUUCAUGAAAUCCAGCUGAAGAGUGCCUUCGUCGUUUGAGUAUCCGUCUUUGACCCCAGUCCUUUUCCAACUCAACAGAGUUUCUGGUUAAGAACUAUUUUGUUUGUUGUGCUGCACAUCAUACAAAUUACUUCAUUUUGUUUAGUGGAGGGAGUACUCCAAAUUCGGGGGUCUUUAUAUUAAACCAUUUUCAAAUUUUGUGCAGUCUUCUGGCUUUACCUAAAUUCAGAUGUUCUUCUAGGUGUCAAUUGGGCGGGUUCAAUCGGGUUACGGGUUAGUCGGAUUUUGGGUUCGUUGGGUUGUGGGUUCUUCGGGUUCGGGUUAGUCAGGUAGCGGGUCAGUCGGAUUAUGGGUUAGUCGGAUUACGGAUCAAUCGGGUUAGCCGGGUUACGGGUCAAUCGGAUUACGGGUAGGGCGGGUUGUGGGUAAGGUGGGUUGCGGGUUUUUGGUUCAGCGCAUUAAGUAACUUACUUCCUACUCGUAACUGCAAUUUGCACAUUUUAAUAACAUUCGGCCUGAGGCUAUUCUUCAACGAUUAUUAAGUUCAUUUAGCACCGAUUUGGGCGGAUUUAUUACGGGUCAAUUUUUGCCAGAUUUCAAAGGGGUACAUCACAGAUUUCGGGCGAUUUUCCGAAAUGCCACUUUCUUUUGAUUCUGGAGGCUACACAUCACGGAAUGAGGCCGAAGCUAUUCUCCACCAAUAAUGAAGUCUAUUCAUCCUAUUCUCCAGGGAUGAUAAGCCCAUUAAGCACAGAUUUCGACCAAUUUAUUUUCGGAUAACAUUUUCGUAAUUUUUGGGCGACAAAAUGCCAUUUUCUUUGGAUAUUGAAGGCUACAGAUCACGGAUUCGGCUUGAGGCUAUUCUUCAACGAUGAUUAAGUCCAUUUAGCACCGAUUUGGCCGGAUUUAUUCCGGGUCAAUUUUUGGCAGAUUCCAAAGGGGUAACAUCACACAUUUCGGGCGAUUUUUCCGAAAUGCCAAUUUUUUCGAUUCUGGAGGCUAAAGAUCACGGAAUCAGGCCGAGGCUAUUCUCCACAGAUAAUGAAGUCUAUUCAUCAUUUUCUCGAGGGAUGAUAAGAACAUUCAGCACAUAUUUGGGCCAACUUAUUUUCGGAUGACAUUUUCGUAAUUUUUUGGUCGACGAAAGACCAUUUUCUUUGGAUAGUGAAGGAUACAGAUCAAGGAUUCGGCCUGAGGCUAUUCUUCAACGAUGAUUAAGUCUAUUAAGCACCGAUUUGGGCGAAUUUAUUCCGGGUCAAUUUUUGGCAGAUUCCAAAAGGGCACCAUCACAGAUUUCGGGCGAUUUUUCCGAAAUGUCAUUUUCUUUCGAUUCUGGAGCCUACACAUCACGGAAUCAGGCCGAGGCUAUUCUCCACCGAUAAUGAAGUCUAUUGAUCCUA